GGCCGGGUGUCCGGCGAGGCUGCGCAGGGCACGGAGCCGUGCUAGCGGCCAGGGCGAGCGGCCUCGGCCUGGCGUCAGCCUCGGCCCGGGAGCCUCCGCUUGUCGCGGAGAAAGACUCCAUUGUGGGAAAACUUGGGCUGCACCGGGCCUUUGUGAGCGACUUAAGAGGAGCUGGUGGAUUCUUUGUUGUUCUCAUAAAUGGAAAAUUCUGAGCUGGGUUCCUCUAGGAUAUGAGACCUUAGUUCAGAAGACAAUAGAAUCUCUUGACGAUACAUCUGGCCAUUCACCAUGAGGUUAGGAAAGCCUAAAGGGGGUAUUUCUCGAAGCUCAAACCAAGGCAAAGCCUAUGAGACCAAGCGUAAGACAUCCCGCCAGCGGCAGAAAUGGGGGAUGACCAUUCGAUUCGACUCCGGCUUGAGUAGAGGGAGAAGAAACAUGGAUGAGAAGCCCUACAAAUGUACUAGAUGCUCGAAGAGUUUCAGUCAGAGCUCCACCCUCUUUCAGCACCAGAAGAUCCACACCGGGAAGAAGUCCCAUAAGUGUGCUGAUUGUGGGAAAAGUUUCUUUCAGAGCUCUAACCUCAUCCAGCAUCGGCGGGUGCACACUGGGGAAAAGCCCUAUAAGUGCGAUGAGUGUGGAGAGAGGUUUAAGCAGAGCUCGAACCUCACCCAGCACCAGAGGAUUCACACUGGAGAGAAGCCCUACAGCUGUGAUGAGUGCGGCCGGUGCUUCAGCCAGAGCUCCCACCUCAUUCAGCACCAGAGAACGCACACCGGGGAGAAGCCCUACCAGUGCGAGGAGUGUGAGAAAUGCUUCAGCCAGAGCUCGCAUCUGAGGCAGCACUUGAAGGUGCACAAAGAAAAGAAGCCACAUAAAAGAGGGAAGAACGCCAGGGCCAAAACUCACCCGGUGUCCUGGAAAGCUGGGAAAGGAAGAAAGGCGGUGGCUGGGCUCCGCCAGGGGAAGGGUGCUGCUUCAGGCCUUUUUAAAAAGAAGAAGUGAGGGAGGCCGGCGCUCUCUCCUGAGAAAGGCUGCUUUGUAGUGGAGCACUUAGAUACGGAUCCUUCCCUUGAAGGGGUUUCAUGACAUGGGGCUGCCCUCGUUUCCUUAAAAUAAUAAUGCAUUUACGUGACAUGGGGCACAAAGAACUGAAAAACAUGUUUGGUGAGAAUAUAAUAUCCUCAGCCUCAGCUGAAAUUUCUCCCUUAUGUUUUGAUAAAAACUAUCAUGUUCUCAUGAUUCACAAGUGUGCCAAUGAUUACUCUGUUCUUAGGAAUUUCUGUAGGAAAUCAUUAAUGAAGAAGGAAUGAGUUUCAAGUUCUGGGACAGACUGUAUUUUACUUUUUUUAAUGUUUUAUAGUCUACUAACCAUUAGUAUAAGUGUUGACUCAGUAUUUGACAUAAAAUGCAUUCAAGUUCAUAGUUUUCUUUUUUGUUAGUGCAUAUUGUAUGAGGUAAGAGUUGUUUUCUUCAGUGUGUAUGACGCAUCUAUAUGAGGUGCUUUGAUCGUAUCCAUCCUUCUUACCCUCUCCUCCUCCUGGCUGCCUUCCUUCCUGCCAGCUCCCUUCCCAUUUAAGAUGUUUACCCCAGACGCUGUAAAUGAGAGAAAAUGUAGUCGGUUAUUUUCCUGAGUAUGACUGACUUUGUAUAAUACAGUGAUCUCCAGUUCUUUCCAUUUUUCUCCAAACAGGAUUUUGUUGUUUUUGGACAAAUAAUAGUUUAUCGUAGCAUUUGAAGGCUUUAGUGACAGCCCACUUGUGUUUGUUUUUUCCCUUCUACUCUGUGGGUAAAGGGGACAAAAGGUCCCUAUGUGGCUUCUCUUUACUUUUUUUGUUUUGUUUGUCAUAUUCUUAGAGUCUAAAGAAUCCAAAAUGAGAGACCACGGGACCUCCCAUCCUAAUACUGUUUGUGAUCUUGUCAUUGCUGUGUCACUUGCUGUCUGGACAUUGGAUUGGGCUUACGUUGAGUCAUGCCUGUGGCCUCUUGGCAUUCCCUUGUUCUCUUACACACACAGCACCUGCAUGAAUAAACUGUAUUUUACCAAGAAAGCCUCAGCUUGCUCCUGGCUGAAGAUCUACAAUGUCAUAGACUGCGCUUUGAAUAAUACUGACUGUCUGAAGCAGAUGUUUGUCCCCAAGUUACUGGCCAGCGUACUGUAGCCGUUAGAAUUUACCUCUAUAACUUCAUAGCAGCUGUUUAAGAAGACUAGCAUACACCCUUCUUCCAUCAGAACAAUACCAAACAUGCAUUCCUGAUUAGCCUUGAGCUUGGAUUUUUCUUCAUUGAAUGCUAAUGUUUUUCUGAUUUUUAUAAUAUCAGUUCUUCCUGUAUUGAUGACAAUUAUCCUUAAAAAUAAAGAAUGAGAUAUUUUUGCAUACUA